AUGAAACAUUAUAAAGUCUCUAAUGCAAUAUAUAACAACAACUAUAAUUCAAAUACUGUACGUCUACACAACAUUGAAAGUAUGAAUGUAGAAUAUCCAGAAUGCAAAGCAAUACAUUGGAUUGAAGAGAAA